GAGGAAAUUCCUAGAAGCCCUACUUUGCUGAUUACACAUUCUGCCUCUGUGAUCUGUCUAGAGGUUCUUCCCCUGGAUAAUGCUGAUAGCGCUAGCCGAUCAUUUCUGUCGCUCGAGUUAGAAGUUGAAAGGCCAGCCUUGACUACAUCUACCCUAGGCAAGAUCCAUCAAGAUUGUUGCCUAUUGAGAGAACUAAGCUACGUCGGACGUCUAAAGCCACCGAAAAGCUUAUACUGGGGUGACUUCUUACAUGAUAAGCACUAUGAUGCACUGUGUUGUCAAGAAAACUUUCACAUCGCCGUUGGAGCACAUUGAUGUCGAGUAUGAACAAAGAAAUCUGUUCGAGCUCACCGUUGGGAAACUUCAGAAGGAGCAGCUUCGACCAGGCAUGGAACCACGCCUACUACGUUUUGUCCUCAUUAAUAAUGCUCUGCGGACACUACAAUAUCACAUGAUGAAGAGUGAUGAGCCUCCGUUACCACUCAUGGAAGAACAAGACGAAAUCGUCGAGUCUUUUAUCUGUAAUACUUUCAAAGAUGGCGGUCUCUCUCUCUCCCCACAAAGCCCUCCCACGCCCAUCAAGGUGAAGACGCUCGGAUCGUUGCUAUCGGAUCUUAGCCCUCUGGUUGCGUCCACCGGAGUACUGGAUGAUUCCGUCGAUACAGCUGACUUUGGUAGACUGGUUGAGAGUGUGGGUGUUGUGAGGGAAGAAGGCGGGGCUUGUGAGGCUGGUGAUGCUGUCGAAGGUGGUGAAGAAAAAACUGUUUUAAGAGGUUGUCUGGGAAAGCAUUCACUUUCAGAAGAGGAGUUCUCAAGUCCGAAAACUAAGAGACUUUGUAGCGACAAUUUAGAAGAUAUUGAGAAAAUCGACACUUGUAAACCCAUCAAUGGUGUGACCCCAUCCAUCAAUGGAACGUUAUUACCGCUAGUGAAUGGAAUCCAUGCUCCUCUGGAUCUCCUCCCCCCCUCAGGGCUGACCACCAGCCCCUUCUCUGAUACGGACAGCGAAGACGAAUCCUCUACACUUAGUCCAAUUGAUUUCACCAAAGUUGAUCCUACUUUGUAUGGCUUUGACCUCUCGGCAGACCCCUCAAAUAGUCCAAUACUCUCACCCUCCUCGAACUUACCCCUCUUCACACCAGCCCCAACUACUCAUUCGCUCACUUCUGUCUCGCACGGACCUACAGUAAUUACAGUACCCAUAAUGACCAAAGCACAACCAUCUUCUAGUACACCGCUCGUAUCUAAACCCAUCAUCUCCAUAGAACCCCUGACUUCAAAGGCAGCACAGACAGAUUCCCCCUGCAUAGAUACCUCCUGCAAAGACUCCCCAUGCAAGAAUGGGAAAUUCUCCGGCUCAAUGGAAGGAAUUGUGAGCACUCAAAAUGGACAUUUAAACGAAACUACAUGUAGCCCUCUGACGAGCACUACUAAACUGGGGUGUAGUCGCGAAGGAACUCCGGAAAAUGAUUUUUUUGAGGACCUAGUCAGUCUUUUGAUAACCUAGUUUUUUAUCUGCUCAAUUUCAUGUAGCUAUCAUUGCACUUAUCAGUCUGCUACAAUCAUGUGAAUCUUUUUUGUGCUUUUCUCUCAAACUUUUUUGUCUCCUUUUAUUCACUUCCAGGCCAGGAUGGAAUCGCUUGCAUGUUUUAUUCCUUUUAUUUUUAGCCACAACUCCUAUAUUGCACUCUGUAUCAUAAUAACAAUAUAAUAAUAUAUAUUUAUCCAAACUUCUGUAUAAUUAUCAUAAUUUAUUGUGUCAAAAAAUUAAUGGUUGUGAAAUUUAUAAUGUCCAUGAA